ACGAACACAGAAAUGGCUAUCGAAUCUCUUAAAAAGUUGGUGACCAAGAAGGAGGACUUGACCGAAGAACCGAAGUAUACGUUUCCAGCAAUCGAAGACUUUUUUAAAUUGCCGAAGAUGUAUUAUAAGACUGUUGGCCUGAUUCCAUACGAUUCGUCGUCAAAAGCUGAAAAAAAAGUUUCAGAAAUCCUUUUGCGGAUUAUAUCCACUGUUAUCUUGUUAAACCUGGGAUUUGCCGUGGUUAUGGAGACUAUGUACAUAGUGACUUCGUUCCAGAACGGCGAAAAUUUUUUAGAAUCAUGCAUGGUGGCAUCUUAUAUUGCCUUCUCCUUAGUUGGAUUCGCAAAGCUUAUUGUUGUGAUCAUGCAAAAGAAUAAGAUGACGAGUUUGUUUCAAACUCUGGAAUCCAUCUAUCCAACGCCCCUUCCAGCGGAGCAGGAUCCUUACGAUACUCGCCAAUAUUUCAGGUAUUGCCUACGAUUCACCAAGGGAUUUGGAGGCCUCUACACCUUCCUGGUGUUCAUUUAUAACUCCUAUCCCAUCGUGCAAUACAAAGUUUUGGUUUUGAUUAACUCCCCAAAUGCCAUUCGCGUGCUACCCUACUCGAUGUCGCCUCGGUGGGACUAUUGGGAUGGAUGGUAUUAUCUGAACUACUUCUCAGAGUCCCUGGCCGGUUACACUGCCACCUGCGGUCACAUAUCCGCCGACUUGAUGAUCUUUGCCGUAACCAUUCAGGUAAUCAUGCAUUUUAGGCGUAUAAUCAAGGCUCUCCGGGAAUUCGUUGUGGGAGAUCCCUCGGAUGAAAGCGCAGAAAGUGUUAAAAAAGCUGAUACGGCGCUGAAGGAGCUUGGCUCCCUCGUCGAAUAUCACAACCAUAUUUUAAGAAUAACCGAUGAUGUGAACAAUGUUUUUGGCAUUCCACUCUUGAUAAACUUUGCAGCAUCUUCGUUGCUAGUUUGCUUUGUGGGAUUUCAAAUGACCUUUGGUGUGAGCCCCCAGCAUUUUGCCAAGUUAAUGCUAAUUUUGUCAUCAGCUGUGGUUGAAAUUUAUCUUAUUUGCUCCUUUAGUCAGAGGCUUAUUGAAGCGAGUGAAAAUGUAUCCUUUGCUGUCUACGAUAUGAAUUGGACAGGUGCAGAUUAUCGAUUCAGAAGGAUGCUAAUUUAUAUAGCCCAUCGAUCGCAAAAGCCGGUUUGCCUAAAGGCCACCAUAUUUGUGGAUAUAUCUAUUGAGACUAUGAGUAUUUUUCUGCGAAUGUCAUAUAAAUUCUUUUGCGCCAUUCGAACAAUGUAUCAGUAGAUUUUACCCGAGAAGUGGAAAAACAACCAAAGAACUCAACAUCGACAAGAACAAAAAAUUUUUUUUUGGCACUAAGAGUUUGUAAAACUUAUAUAUC